CGAAAAUAGACGUUAUUGUGACAGCGACGACAGUGACAGUGCCGUUCGCCAGUAUUUGUUCAUCGAGAUCCCUCCCCCGUCCCUGUAGAGAUGGGAGGGUGCAUUGGAUCUCAGAGAGACAACGGACCAUCAUCGGGCGAAUCAUCAGAUGCUGCAGUUGCACUUGGAAGAAAUCAACCACUUAAACCAGAAAAACCAAAAUGGAAGAGUGAUGUCCCUUUGACUGAAGGUCAGCUGCGAAGUAAGAGAGAUGAAUUCUGGGAUACUGCUCCCGCAUUUGAAGGAAGAAAAGAGAUUUGGGAUGCCCUUAAAGGGGCUGCCUAUGCACUGGAGACAGGGGACCAUACUUUAGCUCAGGCUAUAGUUGAUGGGGCCAACAUUUCUCUUCCCCAUGGUACACUAAUGGACUGCUAUGAUGAGUUAGGGAACCGUUACCAGUUACCGGUAUAUGUGCUGAGUGCCCCGACCAACCUGAUCGAGGAGGCAAGUGAAGGAGACGUGGAACAGGAUGCUGAGAAUGCCUCCCCUGGCCUGGAGCUCCCCAUCAAGUUCAGAUUGUCCACGAUCAAUAAAGAUCUAAAGCUGUACGUCCGCACCACAGAUACUGUGCUAAAACUAAAAAACCGAAUCUUUGAUGAGACUGAGGUAGAACCAGCAAGACAAAGGUGGUUUUUCGCAGGACGUAUGUUAAGUGACAAACUACGCAUUGAAGAUAUCAAAAUUCCCAAAAGUUAUGUGGUUCAAGUCAUUGUGUCUCCUGAAACAGUUAUAUCGGAAGGAAGUUAAUUUCAACAGAAAAAAUCACAGCUGUACAAGGAUUCAUCCAAACACUAAGGAUAUGUGUCCCUGGAGGAUGCAGUGUUGUCUCAAACAUAUUCUGCCCAUUGUAACUUUUAACAUAAAAAUUGAUAUGGAGCUGUGUUCUGUGAUGUCCCAAAUAAUUCUUGGAUUCCUAGUGUACGUCUGGAAAGUUAAUGAAAUUAUCACAUAUA